CUUUCCCACGCGAUAGUGAUGGCAGACCAGGAAAGAAGCGAAACGAUGUGGACUUUUAUCAUCGAAUUGGAAAUGCCGAGCGACAAAAAUUUGCAGUCAAUAGAGUUGCAGCUGCCGCCUAAUUGGUCAGUCAACCAGCUGUACCAGGAAGUUGCUAAAAUCUUCGGAUUGGUGGAAGAGAGCUUUGACUUACUGUGGAAUAAAGGGAAAAACGAAGAUAAAAUAGUAGAUAAGUCUGACCCCGAGCUAACGUUGCAAGUGCUUCUCGGACUGAACGAGAACGUUAGGACUGUAAAAUUGUUGGCACGAUUACUAAGUGACCAUGAGGAAACAUUGGAGAAGCAGCCAGACGAGGAGUGCCCAGUCGACGAGCACAAGGAACCAUUGGAGGACGAUAAGGCGGUACAGGAAGUCGGAGAAUGUGAAGAAGAUUUGCCUGCGUCCACCAGCACGGCAGCUGCAACUGCAGCUCGUGACCCUCUGGCUGGAGCGUCGUCUAGCAGUACAGUAUCAAGGACUAAACCCAAAACCACAGUAGAAGUGUCACUAUCUCAUUCUGCAAAUGAAACACCGACUGCAAGACAGUUAACUGACGUUGCUCGCUCAGCAGCCGUGACUAAAAGAAGAACUGAAUUUGUUGCUCUCCUAGAUUCGGAAAUGUUUUCCGUAUCGACCAUCAAAGUGAUACAAGAAGAACACAGUGAACCAUUUCAGCAUACUCGAGCCAUGCUGGAGAAGUGGUGCAACGAGAUGGACAGACAGGCAACUCGCCGUAAAAUAAUUGAAGCAUUGUUACAAAUGGGACUAACGAGACCUGCGCGUAAAGUAUUUGGAAAAGAGUUAGUAGAGUUUGUUAGGAAAACUAAGUGAUUAUGUAGACUCUAGAGCUCACCUUAGUUAGACUAAGUUUAUGCUUGACAUUCAAAAACUAGCUAGAAAUCGAUGUAUG